AUGGCUGCAUCUCAGGUUCAGACGCUAUUACGAUUUCUAUCGCAGGAUGCCAAAGUGCCGCUUGCAAUGGCCAUGGGGAAGAUCAUGGACCUUCAAAGGGCUAAUCUGAUGAGUGCCGAACAGAUCUCGAAAUCAGACCUCAAACCCCUCCAAGAAAUAUUCAAGGACGAAAAGACGGCGAAACAAGUACUGAAUGCCGCCAAAAGGGUUACCAAGAAGCGCAAAGAGCCUACAGAAGCGACAGCAUCGCCGCAGAAGAAGACAAAAAGGACGACUCUGAAAGAUGACGCUACGCCAUUCGAGAAAGAAAACGCACUGUCGCUCCCUAGUUCGUCCGCAACGGAAGAGGAGCUAUCCAAGACUGUUCUAUGCACAAAUCGAGCACCACUAGUACUUGCAUUUGCAGUCUGCGUUCUGAAAUACACGAUGCCCGAGCAGCCGAUUUCAAGUAGACUGAGUCUUGCGCAGGCCAUCGUGAGUGCCAACAGUCGCUCCAAAGCUAUCAGUCUCGGUAUUGAGAGCGGACAAACCGCUGAACAAGAAGGUUGGGGAGAAGGCCAGCCGGUGGUCAAAGUCCUAGGAAGGGAAAUCAAAAUUCUCAAACGAUGGGGCUAUAACCCGAAGGCAGGGGAGGAUGAGGAAUCACACCUACAGCAAGGUGCGGCAGAUGCUCUGGGGAAAAGUGACCCAGAAGACUCCAAUCAGAUGCCUCCGGUAUGGGGAGUGGAUUUGGAAGAGCUGCGAGAUUCCAAAGAUGCCAAAGCAAACAAGCCUCUCCCUAUAUUCACGCCCGAAUCAGCUCGGUCCUAUCUAUUCAAAUCUUUCACGGAAAUAAAAGAUCAAAGCAAGGGAUCUCCGACUAAUUCAAAGGGAGGUUCCACGGCCCAAUUGGAAACCGAAAAGGAAACAUGUUUGGGGCGUCUGCUGCGUGUUAUCGAUAUGGUAUACGUGCAUGGGGCUGGUAUCUACGAGUCAGGCCUGCGAUUCAAAGCGGAGCAGGAGGUUGGGGAGAGAAGGGGUCUGUCAGAUUAUCCGACAUAA